AUGUCUUCAUCAUAUCUCCCAGCAACUACUGAUUCGAUUGCUCAGGCUUUAGAGGCCAAAGCCCCAUCUGAAGCCAUUUCGAUUCUUUAUCGCAUUCUUGAAAACCCAUCUUCUUCUUCUGAAGCUCUACGGAUAAAGGAACAAGCUAUCACAAAUCUGACGGAUCUUCUUAGACAAGAAAAUCGGGCAGAGGAUCUUCGUAACCUUCUCACCCAGUUGAGGCCUUUCUUUAACUUGAUUCCCAAGGCGAAAACUGCAAAAAUUGUUCGUAGUAUUAUUGAUGCAGUAGCUAAAGUACCAGGCACAUCUGAUCUUCAGAUUUCCCUUUGCAAAGAAAUGGUGCAGUGGACCCGUGCUGAGAAGCGAACUUUCCUUCGACAGCGAGUGGAGGCCAGGCUUGCAUCUCUUUUGAUGGAAAGCAAGGAGUAUUCAGAAGCACUAAGUCUCCUAUCAGGCUUGAUCAAGGAAGUGAGAAGGCUAGAUGACAAGCUUCUCCUUGUGGACAUAGAUUUGUUGGAGAGCAAGCUCCAUUUCUCUUUGAGAAAUCUCCCUAAAGCCAAGGCUUCACUCACAGCUGCAAGAACAGCAGCCAAUUCCAUAUAUGUGCCUCCAGCUCAGCAGGGAACUAUCGAUUUGCAGAGUGGGAUUCUUCAUGCCGAAGAAAAGGACUACAAGACUGCUUAUAGUUAUUUCUUUGAAGCAUUUGAAGCCUUCAAUGCUCUUGAAGAUCCUCGGGCUGUAUUUAGCCUCAAGUAUAUGUUGCUGUGCAAAAUCAUGGUGAGCCAGGCUGAUGAUGUGGCAGGUAUAAUUUCAUCAAAAGCAGGACUACAGUAUGUGGGGCCCGAGCUGGAUGCUAUGAAAGCAGUUGCUGAUGCUCACUCGAAGCGCUCUUUAAAGCUCUUUGAAACUGCUCUUCGGGAUUUUAAGGCCCAGCUGGAGGAAGAUCCCAUUGUCCACAGGCACCUUUCAUCCCUGUAUGACACUCUGUUGGAACAGAAUCUCUGCAGGUUGAUUGAGCCUUUCUCAAGGGUGGAGAUUGCUCAUAUUGCAGAACUCAUUGAACUGCCAAUCGAUCAUGUGGAAAAGAAACUGUCUCAGAUGAUUCUGGACAAGAAGUUUGCAGGGACUUUAGAUCAGGGUGCUGGAUGCCUCAUCAUUUUUGACGAUCCCAAGACGGAUGCAAUCUACCCUGCAACGUUGGAAACCAUAUCUAACAUCGGCAAGGUUGUGGACAGCCUCUACGUGAGGUCUGCAAAGAUAAUGGCAUGA